CUUAAACACGGUAUAUUUUAAGCCGUGUUUUUAAAUAACCAUUAAAUCAUUGUCAUUUAUUUAAUCUGUGCAUUAUUUAUUCUUUAAGUUGGUCUGUUUAACUAGUUUAUGACAGUGUAAAGAUGAACCCUCUUGUUUCCACUCCAAAUAAUUUUAUAAAUAAUGGAUUAAUAAUGUUUUUUUUAUAUAUAUAUAUAGUCAUUUAAGUAACUAUAUAAACAUUAAUUGUGUAAAUUAUAUGCGAUUAUCUGCAAACAAAUAACAUUUGUUGUGGUAGUCUGAGUUUACCAUGACAAAAUACAACUGAGUGACAGGAGUGAUGUUACGGGCCCGUUCGAACACACAGCCUUUUGAUGGGAAGAUGUACACUUGUGUCAGGUCUACAAAUGGUUUUUUAUUAGAAUUUAAACAAAACACGGUUGACACGUUGUAUCUAUAAGUGAAAACCCUGCGGCACCAAACCCGGGUUAUGACUUAGUUGUAGUUAUCAUGUAUAAGUACACAUAAGAAAUGUCUGAACGGGUUGGUGUCGAGGUGACGGUACGUCAGCAGUGUUGUAGCUGUCUCGAUUCCUGACUGAGUUCAAGUUCUCCUUUAGCGAUGAUUCCGGCCUCCUUAGCCUAGGUGGUGAUGGACGCUGCCAGUAGACAACGGCGUCUACUGGUGGCGCGUCGUCCACACCCAAACACGUUUUCCCUUUGGCCCCUUGAACACGUUUUCCCUUUGGCCCCUUGAACACGUAUCACUCGUUGUUGCAUGGGAACGUCGUCGAUUUACCACACCCGUAUUAAUGGCCCUGACGUGUGUACACUUAACGCGACGACCGAUUUCAUAUCUCGUCGCGUGAAAUUCUUAACUUAUAAUUAACAAACUUUACACAUUAAGAACAGAAUUCGUCACAAUGACGACGUACUUGUACCCGGACAAUAUCCAAUAAUUUGGAUGAACGCCACAAUUUAAGAUAUAUCUAUAAACCGUGACGAACACCAAUCAGUUAAACUGGAUGGGAGACUGAUAAUAUUGACACAUACCAACCAGUAUUUCAAAGAACAUUAGAUGGCUUACAGCUUCAGUAAAAAAGAAUUUGUAGAAAAAAUUAGUUACACGUUGUCACGAUCUCGUAGUUCUAAUUUAAUUUGAAAUUGUAUUAUAAAGAAAUAUCAGCAGAGGAAAUUGUAUACAUUUUUUUAACUUAGCAGUUAGUAUUUUUUUCUCUAACUAAGUACACUAAGCACAUUUAUAUUACUUUGUGUUUUGAAUUUAUGUGAUCUAAAUACGCUAAAUGGUAUAAUCACAGAAUAAUCUAUUCUAUAAUCAAGGGUGGAUCUAGAAAUGAAAAGGAGGGUCUAGAGUGCUAGACCAUAAAUUUUAAUUCGAAUAAAAGUCAACAAUAUUAAUGCAUAUUUCACAUAUUAGCUGAAAAAAAAAUCAAUUGUAUGUUUAUAAUUUAAAUAGUUGAAUGAAAAUAUAUAUUAUAUUAUCAAAAAUAUCAAAUUAAUUUGAUCAAUUUUCUGUAUUGCUUCUAGAUCUAGAUGACUUUGAAAAUAUGUUUAUUACACCCUCGAUAUUUACAGGUAUUUUCUAAUGAAUAUUUAAAACUUAUAUAGUAGGUAAGUGAUAGUAUGGGGCUAUAGCCCCUCUUGUAUCCGCCCCUGUCUAUGGAAUAAUUGUCUUUUCAUCAACAAUUAACCCGUAGACAGGGGCUUCUCUUAUUAUCUGAUUUGAAUAUUGUUAUCUAUCAGAAUACUAAUGAAUAAUGCCAACUAUCAAAAAUUUAUCAGACACCUUAGAUCAUAUACUAUAUUAUCUAUCAAACAUUAUCUAAGCACUAGAUAGUAAAAUAAAAAACUUUAUAUCACUAAUAAAAUAAACGGUUCUUAUCAGUAUCUAGAAUAAACGACACAGUUAGGUACCUUACUUCUUAGAAAAUAUGUUUUUACAUAUAUACUUAGGUUUUAAUCGUAAACCUAUUUGUCAAUAGGUCUAUGGUUUUAAUGGUUUAAUGUGGACAUCAAGGUGGAUUAAUCUACCUUGGUGGACAUAAUAAUAUAUUAUAUUUCAGCAUUUCUUCAAAUUGAUAAUUGUGAGUAGCCGCCAAUCGCAGCUAUAGUAGCAUCAUUGAUUAAAUAUUCCUGACAACUGUACUGCUAAAAAUCACUGUUAGUUAUCUAUAUUCUCUAUUAUGUUUUCUAUAAAAAAAAAUAGUAAGGUACAUAACUAUGUCGUUUAUUCUGAAUAGGUACCGAUAAGAACCGUUUUUUUUAUUAGUGAUAUAACCGGUUUUUUUUUUUUAAUGUCUGGUAACAAUUUUUGCAAAGACCACGAUUUCAGCGAUAAUUUAGAUAAUAUUAUCUAUGAUGUUAAAUACUGUUAGAUAAUAUGUCUAUGAUUUUAUUUUUCUGUCUUAUAUUUUUAAAAAAUAUUUUUAGUAUAAUUUAAUGAAGAUUUAUAUUUUCGUUUUACCUAUAGUAAAUUAACAAAUAAUUAGAAUGUUAUCAGUUAUUAUUAUUUAUUAACUAAUUGUUAGAUAAUUUUAAUUUUAUAUCUACCAUAAAACACAUAGUAAGUAUGCAGAAUGUACAUUUGAGGUGUUUGCCAAAAUUUUCAAGAUUCUCAUCACACACAUAUUCAUCUGAAAGUAUACAUUUUGAUUUGCCUGAUAUAUUUUCCAGUGAAAACUCUUUAAAUGCUGUGAAAUCUUUUAAGUUAUUAUGCCCUCAACUUAAGAUCGAUGGUAAACGUCAAGCUGCUGUUCUAAUUCCAUUAUGUGUUGUUAAAGAUGAAGUAUCUAUAUUAUAUACAUUAAGAACAAUUAAUUUAAAACGAAAUAGCGGUCAAGUAUCUUUCCCUGGAGGAAUGCGUGAAAAAAACGAAGAACUAAAAAAUACAGCAUUAAGAGAAUCGUGCGAAGAACUUGGAAUAAGCAAAACUAAUAUUGAUAUUUGGGGCAGUGGGAAAUUUAUUGUUUCUAAAGAUAUAGCAAUUAUGCCAUUUUUAGGAAAUAUUGGAGUUAUAGAGCCCAAUAAAUUAAAUAUUAAUCACCAUGAAGUGCAAUAUGCUUUUGCUCUUCCUCUUAGGCACUUUUGUGAACCAACUAAUUGUAAACACACUUGUUUCAGACAAUUAUCAAUUAAUAAGUUAAUGAUGAUUCCUGUCUACAUGAAUGAUUACAAACGAAUUUGGGGAAUGACUGCAUAUAUGACUUGGUUGGCUCUAAAUUCAAUUAUACCACAGCAAUUUACACAUAGUAUCUAUCAUAAUAUGAAACAAGUUUAAAAUUAUCACUAAUAGUAUACAAAUAUUGUAUGUUACCAUUUUUAAUUAGUUUUAUUUUAGAAUACAGUUAUCAAUUCUAUAAAAAUGAAAUAAAAUCUCUCUACUUUUAUACUAUAUGAAUUAAAUAUUUUUGUGUUCAUCUUUAAUUAUAAUUAAAAUACAAUUACAUUUUGAUAAACCAAUUUUAAAAACCAGUACUAAUUUUUUUUUAAAUAUUACAAUCGAAUUUAUUCUUUAAAUUACCAAUGUCAUCAUAAUUGUUAAAUAUUGACAUUAGGUAGGACUAUCUAAAUUAGUAUAAGGUUUGUACUUACAAUUAUAAUAAUACAAAACUAAGUUAAGGUUACAAUGUGUUUUUUACAAUAAAUUGUCAAUAAUUAUUUAUUAUUUACUUUAUUGUACCUAUUUAAUAACAAUAUACUUUUUGUAUACUAUGAUAAUUUAUUGUACACAUAAAUACAUAAAACGAUUGUUUAUCUGUGAUUGUAU